AUGGUGGUGACAGAAGACGUGGAUCUGCCAUCGUGUAGCGAGCUGACGGUACCUGAGGUUAAUUUGUCGACUGCUACACUAAUGAGCGCCGGGCCAUAUUUCGGAAAGGAUUGCGAAGCCAUUAAUAACGAGUUCAUGUUAUGUCGUUACGAGUUGGAUGACCCUCGAGCUUGUGUUAAUCUCGGCAAAAAAGUCACAUCGUGCACGAUGAAGUUUUUCAAAAAAGUGAAGGAGAACUGCUUGGAAGAGUUCAAUCAAUACGUUAAUUGUGUAGACAAGAGUUCAGGGAAUUUUUCGUUUAGCAAGUGUCGUACAACGCAAACGGUGUUUGAUGGAUGCAUGAAGGAUAAACUAAAUAUGGAAAGACCGGAUUUUGGGUAUUUUACUCGACCGCGUGUACACUGCAGCCCCAGUCCCGCACCCGAGUCGCCACCGUGUCCAUGCUACCAAAAAUUUCCGGAUGCUACACCAUCUCUACCUGAUUGGAAACCACGUCCACCAGCACGCUUCGGCAGUCGUUUUUAUUGGAUGACUGAAUAA